AAGGUAAAAAUUCAAAAGUACGGCGCCGAUCAAUAAUCCCAAUCCACUUUGUUCCCAGUUGCCGCAUCUUCCACUUCAAAACCCAGAACCCAAACCCAAAACCCAAAAGCUCUUCAACCUGCUUGAGCUAAAACAUCCCUCAAGAUCCACCGUAGCUCGCCUCCUCCUGUUAUUGCCACGGAAAAGUUGGUCUGCUUUGUGGAAGAGAUGCCUUCAAUGGCUGCAAAUAAUCUCCCACGCAAGAAUGAUACUUGUAAUAAUAACCAUACUCAGAGCAUUGAAGCUGCAAAAGGGGACUUCGUUACCAGGAGGCAGAGGAUUCAACAGCAGAGAAAAUCUCUCCCAAUAGCUUCAGUUGAAAACCUACUUGUGGAGGAGGUCCGGAAUAAUAACACACUCAUUGUUGUUGGUGAAACGGGGAGUGGCAAGACUACACAGUUGCCUCAGUAUCUUUUCUAUGGGGGAUUUUGCCGUGAUGGGGGUGUCAUUGGCAUAACUCAACCUAGACGAGUUGCGGCUGUAUCAGUCGCAAAACGGGUUGCUGAGGAAUGUGGUGUGGCUCUGGGCCAAAAGGUUGGAUAUGCUAUUAGGUUUGAUGAUAUGACCUCAGCCUCAACAAGAAUCAAGUACAUGACUGAUGGAUUGCUAUUGAGGGAAGCAUUAUUGGACCCGUGUCUCUCGAAGUAUUCAGUUAUUAUUGUAGAUGAGGCUCAUGAGAGAACAGUUCACACUGAUGUGUUGCUUGGUCUACUGAAGAGUGUGCAGAAAACAAGGUCCAGUGUCAGUAAAGUAAUGAAUGGUCAUGCCCAGAAUGGGUUGCUAAUGGGAGCAGAAAAUGAUAAGAGUUUCUUGAUGCCAUGCCAUGGCAAGAAAUUAUCACCACUAAAGUUAAUUAUCAUGUCUGCUAGUUUGGAUGCACGGGUUUUUUCUGAGUACUUUGGUAGUGCAAGAGCUGUUCAUGUCCAGGGCCGACAGUAUCCAGUUGAUAUACUAUAUACGCAUCAGCCUGAGUCAGAUUAUCUAGAUGCAGCAUUGAUAACCAUAUUUCAGAUACAUUUGGAGGAGAGUCAUGGUGAUAUACUUGUCUUCCUGACUGGGCAAGAAGAGAUUGAAUCUGUUGAGAGGCUUGUCCAUGAGCGCCUGCGACAACUACCUGAAGGCAACCAGAAGCUUUUAACUUUUCCAAUAUUUUCAUCUCUUCCCUCAGAGAAACAGAUGAAAGUUUUUAUGCCUGCACCUCCUGGAUUUCGGAAGGUAAUAUUGGCCACUAAUAUUGCUGAGACAUCGGUGACAAUACCUGGGAUCAGAUAUGUUAUUGAUCCUGGUGUGGUCAAGGCCCGAAUCUAUGACGCUGAUGCAGGAAUAGAAUCUUUGGAUAUUGUGAAAACCUCAAAAGCACAGGCUCUUCAAAGGAGGUUCAGUUCCUGCCAUCUUUUCUUGCUUUCUCAUCAAUAUUGCAAAUGGGCAACAGAUUUGUAUUUACAGGCCCAGGGGAUUUUGACAUCUAAGAAGCUAUACUGCAGUGGACGUGCAGGCCGUGAAGGACCUGGGAAAUGCUACCGUCUCUAUCCAGAGUCUGAAUUUGAUAAAUUUGAAGAUUCUACGACACCAGAAAUCAAAAGAUGUGACCUCUCAAAUGUUAUUUUGCAGCUCAAGGCUUUGGGAAUUGAUGAUAUUGCAGGGUUUGACUUCAUUGACAAACCAAACAGGACUGCAAUAAUUAGAUCCCUGGAGUCAUUAUUCUUAUUAGGUGCUUUAACGGAAGAAAGUAAACUCACUGAUAUAGUUGGACACCAAAUGGCGAGGCUGCCGCUAGAACCUGUGUAUUCUAAGGCUCUCAUUCUUUCAAGUCAGCUCAAUUGCUUGGAAGAAAUGUUGAUUGUUGUUGCAAUGCUUUCUGUGGAAUCUAUAUUUUAUGCUCCUCGUGAAAAGUUGGAAGAGUCACGAGCUGCAUUGAGGUGCUUCUCAAGUCCAGAGGGGGAUCAUUUAACUUUGUUAAAUGUCUUUCAUGCUUCUAAUGAAUUCGUGGUAAAGAACAAGUUGACCCACAGUAAAGAAAAAGCUGAGAAGAACCUAAGGAAAUGGUGCAAGGAUAAUUUCAUUAACAGCCGGUCCUUGAGGCAUGCUCGGGAUGUUCACAGUCAAAUACAGAGAAAUGUUGAACAAAUGGGGCUUCGCAUCACUUCAUGUGGAGAUGACAUGCUUGUAUUCCGCAGAUGUCUAGCUGCUUCCUUUUUUCUUAAUGCAGCUUUAAAGCAGCCAGAUGGUAUGUACAGGAUUUUGUCAAGCGGUCUGAUGGUCCAAAUUCACCCUUCUUCUAUCUUAUUCCGGAGUAAACCAGAGUGUAUCAUUUUCGAUAAAUUAGUGCGAACCAAUAAUAAUUACAUUCGCAACAUCUGUAGGAUAGAUUACUUGUGGUUACCUGAGUUGGCUCCACAAUGCUAUGGCUUGCAGUAAUAGAGCUUUUGAUACCCUAAGGAUGUUGCAUGGGUCUCAACUUUGAAUGUAGCCAAACUACCAUUUCGUGACCUAAGGGUUCUCUGUCUCUAAAGCAAACUAUACGCUCUAGUAUAGUCCUCAAGUACAACAAGAACGUAAACGUGUUUCUCUGCAAAUCAUGCUGCCAGUCUUUGGCAGAUCGAGGUCUCCUAGCAUGAAUCGUCUAGUGUGAAGGUUUGAGAUAUUUACAAGUUUCUGAUGGCCUGGAGCCCUAGACUAGAAUUUUGUGGACACUAUAUUCUCCCAUGGUUCUGGAUGGAAGGAGUACAAAAAACUCGAGGCCUCUCCUACCUGCAAGAUCUCAAGUGCAGUAACUUUACCAAGACCUGAAUGUGGUUUUUUAAAUGGACUUGCAUACUGCCCCCCUUGGCUUCAGACCUGUCACAGUGGCAUCAUAUUUGUUCACAAUUUGUGGAGACAAUAAUGCUAUUAAUGUAUCAUACUCUGAGGAACUACAUGAAACCACGAGGUUCUUGAACUUGGCAAUUCAGAACUCGUUUGCACCAUCUUAACAUUUUCCAUGUAUACUACUCUCUUCUAAACAUUAAUUGAUCAUGAAUUUCACAUUAACUGAA